GGAAAGGGCUCUCUCCGCUUUACGGCUGCUGAAAACCCUCCCUGCCCAGCCAGCUCAGUGCAGCCGCGCCGCGCCCGGGCUCGCUCCUCUCCAAGAUUUCUCAGCUGGACAUUGGAAAUAGCUUUUGAUGGUUCUGGGCUUCUUUCAUUUGACCCAGGCGGAUUAUUCUAGAGAUUGUUACUCAAGACUAGAAAUAUGGCUUCAUGAAAAGGUGUCUGCAAACAGUGAUCCUUGCUGUCUUGGCUUUAAGAAAAAAAGAUGGCUUAUCGCAAAGUGAACGCAGACCAGAGAAUACAGGGGCACUCUCAAUACCUUGACAAUGAUGACCUCCAGGCCACCACAUUGGAACUAGAAUGGGACAUGGAAAAAGAGCUGGAGGAGCCUGGCUUUGACCAUUUCCAACUGGAUGGCAUAGUUGAUCACCAUUCAGGAAAUUCACAAAAUACUAACAUUGAUCUCGAGCCUAUUCAGCCCUCAGCAUCCCCUAAAGGAAGAUUUCAGCGACUUCAGGAAGACCCGGACUAUGUGUCACAUUAUACAAGACCCGCACCAAAGAGCAACCGCUGCAGCUUUUGUCGGAUAUUUAAACUAUUUUGCACUGUUUUGAUUUUAUUUAUUUUUGGAAUUUUAAUAGGAUAUUAUGCACAAAAAAAAUGUCCUCCUUCCCCCUCUUCUUCAGAACCAAGUGACCCUCAUUUCUACCACGAGAUUCUCAAGGAAAUCAAAGCUGAAGAUAUUCAAAAGAUUUUCAGAGAUUUGAUACAGUUGCCUGGGAAAGAAGAAGAUACAGACAUUGCGAUGAAACUUCUGGUUCGAUGGACGUCUUGUGGCCUUGAAGAUGUUCAGCUAGUAAAUUACUCUGUCUUGCUUGACCUGCCAGGCCCUUCUUCAAAUACAGUAACUCUGAAAAAUAGUGGUGAAUGCUUUUAUCCUAGUGGACAGAAGUGUUACAGGGAGACCAAAAAACUUCACAGCCAAGACCUUCUGUACUCAUACGCCGCUUACUCUGCCAAAGGAACUCUUGAGGCGGAAGUCAUUGAUGUGCAGUAUGGAACUGUAGAAGAUUUAGUCCUGAUUCAAGCCAUGACACAUGUGACCAAUAAAAUCGCACUUCUGAAGCUAGGAAAAUCACCUUUACUCUAUAAGCUUUCUCUGUUAGAAGAGGCGGGGUUUGGAGGCGUCCUCCUUUAUGUUGAUCCUUGCGAUUUACCAAAGACUCAAAAUCUUAGUGGUAAAGCAUUCAUGGUUUCCCUAAACAGUGGAGGAGACCCAUCGACACCUGGUUAUCCCAGUAUUGAUGGAAACUACAGACAGAACCGAUCAACCCUUACAUCACUGUUAGUGCAACCCAUAUCUGCACUGCUAGUCAAAAGACUUGUUUCUUUACCUGAGAACAGAAGCAAAAGUGAUGGGUGUAUCCCUCUCAAACUGCCUGUGACAGAAAAGAGAAUAAUCAGUCUAAAUGUUCAGACAGUCCCAACAUACAAGACAAUUUCUAAUGUUAUUGGGUAUUUAAAAGGAUCUACAUUUCCCGAUAGAUAUGUCAUAGUUGGUAGCCACCACAACAGUGUAUAUGGUUACAGUGGACAAGAAUGGGCCAGUAGCACUGCUGUCAUCACAGCAUUUAUACAAGCCUUGAUGCUAAAAGUUAAGAGAGGCUGGAGGCCUGAUCGGACCAUUGUUUUCUGCUCAUGGGGAGGAACAUCAUUUGGCAACAUUGGCUCAUAUGAAUGGGCAGAGGAUCUCAAGAAAGUUCUCCAGAGAAACAUUGUGGCUUAUGUUAGCCUUCAUAACCCAGUAAGAGGCAACUCAAGUUUGCAUCCUGUAGCAUCUCCUUCUCUUCAGCAACUGGCAACAGAGAAACAGAGCCUCACCUGUCUGGGGAAAAUGAAGUGCCCAGGAUCCAAUGUGAGUUCUGUACAGAUGCAGGGUGAUUCUGAUUAUUUCAUCAAUCAUCUUGGGAUUCCCACUGUUCAGUUUUCUUACGAAGACAUCAAAACAUUGAAGAGUCCAAGCUUUCUCUUUGAAGCUCUCUUUCCUGCACAUAACACAGUAACUGAAGAGCUGGAUCCCUUCUUCAACCUGCAUGAGACCAUUGCUAAGCUAACAGGAGAGGUGACUUUGCAAAUUGCCAGUGAACCGGUUCUGCCCUUUAAUGCCCUGGACAUCGCAUUAGAAGUUCAGAACAGCCUUAAAGGUGACCAAUUAGACACCCGUCAGUUGCUGGCAAUGGCUUCAAGACUGAGAGACAGUGCAGAAUUGUUCCAGUCAGAUGAGAUGCGUCCAGCUAAUGACCCCAAGGAGAGAGCUCCUAUCCGAGUGAGAAUGCUUAAUGACGUUUUGCAAGGUCUGGAGAAAAACUUCUUAGUUCAACAAGCUCCUCCAGGGUUUUACAGAAACAUACUUUACAGGCUGGAUGAAAAGAUGAGCCAAUUUUCAGUACUACUAGAGGCACUGGAGCACUGCAAGCUACAUCAGUCAAAUGAGACCCUUCAAGCAGCCUUGUCAAAGGUGCUGAACAGCAUCAAUUCAGCUCAGGUUUACUUCAGUGCAGGACUUGAUGUGUUUGAGACUGCCUUUGCUGGAAAGAAAUGAGAAAACUCUCAGCAUUCUAAGAAGUUUGUUUACAAUUCACUAAGCAAAAGUUCGAGUCGGACCAGCAUUUCUUUGAGAUUAAAAGUUUUUUCAACUUUUUUUUUUCAAUCGGUGUUUAAAGGUACUACAGUGUGUGUUCUAAUAACUAUAAAACAGUCUUUUGCACUGUUCACGGUAAAUCCCAGAUGUCUCUUUGAGAAUGUGUAAAAACAUACUCAGGGGGGAAUAACACUCAAGAUUUGAUUUUUAGAAGGAAAUCUGCUGUAUUUUUAUAUGUAAAAUAUAUUUUUAUGACUAAGGGCUCCAUCUUGCAAAGUGCUGAACACUUGCUGCAAAAUGCUAAGGGCCUGAUUUUCAGAGGUGAGGAACACCCACUGUUGUAAGUAUCUCAGAGCUGUGAAUGUUCAGCACCUCAGCAAAUCAUGACUGCAGUACCCUAAAAUUCAUUGGUUCACCCUUAAGUCCUCCAAUACCCAGAUUUGCUACACCUCCACAACAAACUCAUCUUUGUUCUUUCCCCUUUAUGUCUGGGGAGAGGAAGUUGAGGGAUGUGGGUUCAUUCUAUUGGUGUUCAGGGCAUGCAGGACUAAGGAGGUGGCACUCGAUACCUUACAGGUAGAGUCCAACAUUCUGAGACCAUCCUUACUCCUGUGGAUGAUGCAUAUAGUCUGAAUGUUGCUUAGGUUCUGGGAGAGUUAAGAACCUUUGAUUAUCCUGUUUCUGCACCAGAAAAGGAGAAUUUUAAUUGCAAUGAAAAGCAUUUGGGGUUUUUGUUUUGUUUUUAACAAUUCAGAUGAUUUAGGAAGAUCUGAAUUAGUUGACAGAGUUGACCAAAAACAUUUUGAAUGUUUAUAUUUAUGAAAUGAAGUGCCUAAUCUUACAGAACUAGUAGUACUACCCUGGUUAACAAACUAUCAACUUUUAUAAUGGCAUCCAUUAUACGGGCCCCCGUCUCUCCUAGAGUGGUAUAAGGGGGCCUUACCAUAAAUGAGAAUCAAAAUCUAAAAAUCCUAGGAAAGUUCUUAAGAUAUAGGGCUUGAUUGUUUCAUUGGCAGGACCCAGGCUGUGGACUCACAGCAGUGCAAUCAUAGUAGUGCAAGCCAUCUACAGUUCCCACCCCACCAGAGAUUCUGGAAUAGCCAGCACAACCCAAAUAGAUUAAGCAUGUCUCUUGUCUGAAACAUAAACCAGUAUUCCCUUAAUGGAAUCCCUGUCUGAGGGAAACAGUAAUACCUCUACCACUGCAUAGCAUGGAAUUAUUGAUGGGUGAAGCAGGUACAGUUUGUACCUCCCUGUGCUGCUGGGGUGAAUGUGAGUGCACACAGGACAACUGGAAUGCUAGUCAUUUAAUUUUGCAAAACAGGUGACUGAAGGGGCCAAAGUUUACUGGGACUUAGGGCUUUAAAUCCAUAGAUCAUUAUAAUUCCAUACAAUAAAAUUUAGAGCAUAUAGAGAAACACAAUUUUAAGAAUGAUUAGUGUGGAAUUAGAGCUGCAAGGAAAAAAUGAUCAGACGUCACUGGGACUUCCAGACUGAAAAAGGAGUUGCUGUCUGGGAUCCUAAAUAGUUUAUUGUUGCCUCAAAUUUGCCCGUGAAAAUAAAAAGGGAGAUAUUUCAAUUUAUAAUGAAAACAGCCACAUUUCUGUUUGAAUGUAGAAAAAUUUCACCUGAGGAAAAUUGCAAAUUUGUCCAAAGGGUGCAACUUCGUGUCAGUACUGUUUAACAAGAGCAUGUUCCCAAAGUAAAAACAGGGAGUUUUAUCACAACUCUGAGUCUUUAUUUCCCCACAUAUUGUUCUUCAAAAACAUACUUCUAUAGCUGCAAUGUUUGAUAUAGAGUGCAUGCAACUUUGCUUUUAUCACAUUUCAUCAUACAUUAUUAAUGCAGGAAAGAGUUUACUCUCUACCUUUCAGCUAACACUAGGUGCUUCUAAUAUGGAGGGAUCUGUCUGCUGGAGGGCAGGUGAGCAAUUUGACUUUCUAAACCUACUCUAAAGAGAUGGCAUGGCACCAUUUUCUUCUGCCAUAGCACAUCUUCUCUGUCAUCGGGUUUCCAAUAGCACCCCUCACCGUGGUUUCUAACCGGUUGGAACUGCUUCAUAUGUAUGUUCUGUAUUUGCCAACAAUAUUUAACAAUUUAUUGCAUGCACUAGAUUUGUAUUGUAUUUGUUGAGGAGGAGCAAUCUCCCAGCUGUGAGGUUAGUGCCAGGUCUUCCUUGGGUUACUGAUCCCCUCAAGCUUGAUCCUGUUCCAAUUGAAGUCAAUGGUAAAGUGCUUAUUGACUUCAGUGGUUCAGAAUCAGGCUCCAAUAAAGGGCCCUAAAAUAUAGACCAACACCUCUUGGCAAGUUUCCUUCUUCCAGAAAGGACUAGUAGCCCUUUCUGGGUCUAAAAUGUAAAAUCCCCCAAUCUCCAUUAAUCCAAUCUGUGUCAUUUCCAAUAUUGUAUAAAUUGAGAUUUUUUGAGACGACUGUGUCCUUUAUUACAACUGCAUCAUUCCUGAUUAACUUUCCCUUCCACCUUCCUCCAGUUAUGUUAGACCAUAACCAGUUUUAAAGUCACAGACCUUGACGUAGUCUACUUCAUAUAACACCAUUAUAGUAUAUGUCUGCCUAGGGAUGAUCCCCUGCACCUGCGGGGCAUAGGCUUGAUGGGUUACUAGAUGCUAACUCGUCUGAUUUUAGAGGUGUAAGUGGGUGCUCACAGGUAAUUUUUGCACCACUUUUCUUUUGAAAAGGUACUGCAGGCCAUCUCUUGCCAAUGUUUUUUUACAUGUAGUCUGGUAGAGUCAGGGAAUUGAUAGCAAGAUAAAACGUUAAAUAUCUAGUGAAUUUCUAAUAUAGAAUCUUUCUCUCAGCCAAUUGUUCCACAGGUAAGAAAAGGUGUUUGUAAUAGUUUACUUAAACUAAAUUCCUUCUGGUAUUGUGUUGAAAUAAAUGAAAUGCCCUUUUUAAAAAUGCGGUAUGUUUGCAAACUCCUUGAAGGGAUACUAAAAAAAAAUCUGUUACCUUUUCAUGAGCAUCGAUUGCCAAACCCAGCAUAACAAAUACAUUGAUUGCUAGAGCGCCUACUCGCCGGGACCAGAAAUCCUAAGGCUUGCGAUAGUUGUAUGGUAAAGCAGUUGAUAAUAAAAGGCUAACAUGAUUUUAUUAGUGCAUAUUUUAGUGAGUCCAUAAAGAACUAAAAUAUAAUCAAAUCAUAUAAAUAACAAGGACAUUGAAGCUGGAAUUUCAGCACUAACUUCAUAGUGGGCAGUGAAUUGUUUUUCUCACCCAAGAAAAACAAGCCCCUUUUGCUGUACAGUAUACACAAAUAAACAUAUUGCUUGUAUAGUGCCUUUAUUUUUCAAGUAUUGUGCAUAUACUAAUUUAUAUACAUGGUACCAUCCCCACCCGCAUAGAUGGAGGUGAUACCCAUGUGAUAAAUUCAAGAAUGAAUUUACCAUACACUUGACUGCUUCACCUGCCCUCUGUCCAUUAUCACAGCUUCUAGGACUUGUUCAAAUCUAAGGAGCUGUAAGAAGGGCACUGCAGCAAUGCAUGGGGAACAAAUCAGUCUACAUUUUUCUCCCUAGGAGUAGUUCUUUCAUAUGUCUUUUACCCACUUUAAUCAUUAUUACUGUAUGCAUUUGAAGAAUGCCCAUUAUUAUAAUAUUAAUUUAUCAUUCAUUUUACAGGGAAUUUGGUGUGAAAAAUCUCAGCCUAAUUGUCUGGGAUUCCAAAGCCAUUAUUUAUUGGACAAAGAAAUAUGACUUGCAAGCCCAUUAGCUCAAGCUGUAAAGACUCAUGUUUUUAUCUCUGGAGAUCCCCUUUUCAAUCCCUGCCCAUAAGCACGAAGGUGGUCAUCACACAUACUGUCUAAGAGAUGGAUCUAGAGAAAGCAGGAUGCACUAGGAAAUCUAGAGAAGGGUGUAAACUCAUAGGGAAAAAUACAUAGAGAUAGUUAAAUAUCAUAAACUACAUAUUUUCCUCCAGACGAGUUUGAUGAAAUUCUGUGGCCUGUGUUAUGCAGGAGGUCAAACUAGAUGACCAUAAUAUGAUACCUUCUGGUCUUAAAAUUUAUGACUCAUUUGAGAGAGAGAGAGAGAGAGAGAGUGCUAAGUUUGGUUUUAGAUACAUUUUCAAGAGAACAAUAAGAGAUGGGCCCAUGCUCAAAGCCUUGUAUUUUGGGCUAUCAUCCUUUGAGCUAAGGAUAAUUGGAAGUGACUACCCUAAAAUAUGUUAAUGUCACUCUUCCAAGGUCCAGCUAUGUGGGGUGGAAGAAGUUAAGUUCCUUUAACUCUCAGUGGGACUUCAGGGUUCUCAGGAUCAGACCUUAACUUGGAUAGGUGGUUGCCUGAGUGUCAUUCCCUUUGCUCUGAAGGCAAAUUCUUUCUAGUACUGCACUACCAGUUCCUGCCAAUUUAGGAGUGAAAAGCAAAGUCCAGUUUCAGAGGUCUGGGGUCUGAUUUUGCAGCAUACUUAGCAUCUAGCACUUGUAUGUUUAAAGCCUGGCUUCAUUGACUUCUGUUGCUUCUGUAAGUGCUCAACACUUCUACAAGACAGACCUCGGGGUCUCAAGUCAGGCACCCAGAAAAUUAGGACAGUUAGUGGCCACCUGUGUAAAGUUUGGUUGAAAUGAUUUGUCCAGCACCACAAAGGAACUUUGUGUCAGAGGCAGGGAUAAAAUCCAGUUCUCCAGGACAGUAUCCAACUGCUUUAACCAUGAGACUGUGCUUUUUCUCCUCACAAUCCCCAUCUUGUUCACUAUACAUCUUUCCAAACUAAUGACUUCCCCCUUCUCCAUGCCCCUUGUGUCCAUGUCACAAUGGCGGGAUGGUUCAGAGCUCCCAAUGUGCUCCUGUGAUUCCCAGUUAGCAUAACCUUGAGCCCUGAUCAGCUGAUAUAGGAUAGAGCAGUUUUGAGGCUGCUUUGCAGCCCCACCCAGAACAUUAAGGCACUAGUGGUUUCCAGUACUUACUAGAAUGUUCUGCCUUGUGGCAAUCUGGUAUUGUACACUAUUUGUGGCUUUUCAUACAUUCAGCUGGACUUUUUUUCCCCCUCUCUGCCCUCAUUUCCUGGCCUCAGCAUCUACAUUUUUUUACAUUCUAUGAAUCCACUAGAGGGAAAUUAAGGGGAUGCUUAAUAUUUCAAUUUACAUCAGAUGAGAUAAAGACAAAAGCUGUUUGUUUUCCAUCUGCAGUCUAUGGAAGUUAGUGGACAACAUACUCUUAUCAUGUAUAUUAUGAUUUGGUAUGCUAAGAGAAAUGGAAAAUGAAUGUAAUUCCUCAUCCAAUGAAAGCAGAAAGAAUUCAGGGAACACUUUACACUCAAAUAUUUUAACCAUUUGUAUACAACGAGAGAGAACAAGAAAGAAGUGAAGAAAUAUGAGCAGAUGUUUUCUUAUGGAAAAUUCUGUUGUGCUUCAGUAAAGGAUUUUAAUAUUGUACUCAUACCUAUGCAUUCUAUACCUCUGAGCCCUUGUACCACUGGCAUGUCCCAUAAGGAUUAAUCCUAGUGCUGUCCUAAGCCUCCUUCACUACACAGCCCUGAUUGAUCCUCAGAGCUUGUUCAUUCUGUGCACUGAAUAAGGCAGGAGCCCUGUGGAAAAACAGUAUGUGAUUACGUAAUUAAAGACAUCAUUACAUCAUGCAUAUGCACAAGAGGUAACAAGUUUAUGUAGAAAACUUUAAAUAUGGCAUUUCCUAAAUUGGAGUGAUUGACUUUGCAGCCUUAAUGUUCUUUUAACAUCAUACUUUUGUGUGUGUUAUUUCCUACGUCUUUCAAAUAGCAAAGCGAAAAAGCAAAUUCCAUCAUGUUGCAUCAUAAUGAUAAACAUCUGUCUCCCCUUCUCUCCACCUCCUUCCCUCUGCCUCACUGGAUUUCAGUUCAUCUUCUUUCUUCACCAGUCCUAGUCUCUCCCCAUGCUCCUUGUCUGUUCCCAGUAUCUAGCCCCAGGCUCUUGGUACCAGUCUAUACUCCUUGAGCCCCUCCCCAGGUUUGGGUCUAUUCCCCUCUGCAUUCAAAUUGGGCAGAUUCCUCCUCUACACUGCCUGGGGCCAGCAGAGAGAGCAUUGAGAGCACAGGGUCCCUCCUCUCAGAUGAGGGUCUAAGUCCCAACAUGACCAGGGCAGCCAGAGCUGUCUGCAAUUACUGUGAGGUUUUUAAUCUGUUAAAAUGUUGGUCAUCUCUUCUGAGCCUGUGCAAACUGUGAUUUUUUUUAAAAGGUUUAUCACUUGGCCAAAUUUGGGCAAAUUUUCAUGGGAAUGGCAAAAGGCCCAUCUGUGACGCAAAGGCCACUACUCUGCAAAAUUUCAACUCCCUGAGGGUGCUAGAUCUUCUCAAUUAUACAUUGUCAAAAUCUUGUGAAAAUAGGCAAAACAAUGUAUUUUUCCCUAGCCUUAUUCUCAGAAACGAUUGAACCAUUUUCACUGAAAAUUUCCAAUAGCAGUAGUAGUACUAACAAUAAUUACUAAUACUCAGACUGAGGAAAACACCCAGCCUGGAAAUUUUCAGUCCAAAUGGUAAAAGUUUGGCAAAGUUAUAAGCAAUUGAAAACAGGGUCUUCUAAUAGGAAGUGUUGGGAACACUAUAAGAGGUGGUGCUACCAGCCGCACCUAUAACAAUUAUUUUGGUGCUCAUGCAGGGUUACAAGAUGUCAUCACAUCAUCAGCGUAAUAGGUUAUUUCAAUGUGUCUCAUUAAGUAUUCUACUUAUGGAAUACAUCAUAUUGAAGGCUUCCAUAGCUUAGUCUACAAAGUGGGUGGACAUAAUCAAGUGUAAAUACUUAUUAGUAAUUUUGACAGAAGCUGGCUUAAUGAUAACAUUUCCCAAAACAUUUUGUAAGGAGCAUUAGUUAUUUAUAUUCUGCUUAAUUCCUUGUGUCCCUUGGCAUAUGAUAAUAAAGGUAGGACCAACUUUUUAAAAGUUUGCAGGAACCUUUCACGUUCUUUGGUCAGUACUAUAUAAAGCACAGGACAGAGUAUAAGUGUAUAUAGUGUAUGUAUAUGUGAUAUACUGUAAUCUGGUACAAUCAUGAUGCUUAUUAAAAAUGUUGGAAUAUAUUAAUGUAAAUCCUUUAGUCUUGGAAAUACACAGGCCUGGAAUAAGAACAGAGGCUUAAUUUAAAAAAUAUAGUUAGAACACAGGUAUUGAACAGAAUUUUUUUUCAUUUGUAAGUACAGUUUUAUGCUUAUUCAGCUAUCUAUUCAUUUGGUAAAAAAAAGAAUUUUGUUUAAGCUACUUUUCUCUGUUGUUUUUCCCCAACAAGGCUUUUAAAAAUGAAAUAAGCACCUAUUCUUUGUUGUUUUUUUUAAGUGCUUGCUGCCUUUAAUAUUUUUAAAUGAUGUUACACAAUGGUUGGGAAGCUUAUCUUGCUUUAGAAUGGUAUUAAGGCCUCUUUAUCUGAUCAUUAUCAUGCAUUGUUUGAUAGGCAGAACUGAGGGCUGAUCUUUACUACUGAGAGAUCGAUGCUCUUGCAGUCGAUGCAGCAUGGAUCGAUUUAGCGGGUCUAGUGAAGACCCGCUAAAUCGAUGGCAGAGCACACUCAGGUCAACCCCAGUACUCCACUUUUCCAAGAAGAGCAGGGGAAUUUGACUGGAGAGCGUCUCCCAUCGACGCAGCACAGCACGGGGUAAGUCGACCUAAACUACAUCAAGUUCGGCUAUGUUAUUUACGUAGCUGGACUAGCAUAACUUAAGUUGACUUACCCCCACAAUGAAGACAAGCCCUCUGAGUUAAAGUGGUAUGGUUUUGAAGCAGUCUUUUGGGAAAGAGGUUCUUUACAGAUUCACUAGUGUAUUGAACGUAACGCACUUAGGUGGCUUUUACUGUGUCUUUAUUAUAGAGUCACUAUAGGUAUCCAAGAUGACGUUUUGAGGCACUAACCUGAGAGAGCUGAAUGUGGUGGUGUAAUCAGAUUCCAGAGACCUAGUCCAUCUGCCACAUUUGGAGUGAGCUGGGGGAAGGACUGCUAGUUGAGCAGUUGGUUCAGCUUUUAUUCUGGAUUCUUAAGAGCACCUCCUCAUUGCAACCUUCAAAAUAUUAACACUGAGAACAUAAUCUAUUUACUGGUGCAAAAAGCUCCCUGACUGUUGAUUGUAAGAUUUUUUUUUUGUCCUCCUAGCAUUGAUUUAAAAAAAAAAAGAUAGCUCUGGAAACUAGAGACAAUCAUAAGGUUCCUCUGCCAGGGAUUGAGGAGAUGUUUUCUUUCCUAUGUUUGUUUAUGCCUACAAUUCAUGGUUAUACUACAUUUUCAGUUUGUGAUGCAUUCUUAGUUAGAAUUUUUAUUCAUCCAGUUCAAUUAACGCCAUAUGAAAAGCUUAUUCAGUGCUAAACUUCACAAAGCAGUAUUCUUCUUCGAGUGAUUGCUCAUAUCCAUUCCAGUUAGGUGU